AUGAUUUCAAAGCUUAAAGACCUGCUUGUUAAAAAUAAACACAUGGGUAAUAAUUUAACUGCAGCACAGACAAAAGGAUAUAACACAAUUUUAAAUUUGACAGAUGAAGAGUUAAUCGGAACGCUAUGUUUGGAACCAGCUGGAUUUAAGCGUGAAACAAGCAGAUCAUAUGAAUGUCAUGAAUCUGACCGUUUCAAAGCCGGUCUAUGUGAUCCAAGAACUUCUUUCGAGUACAAACUGAACGAGAUUUUUCAGAUUGUGGAACCUCAAAAUGUUGAAUAUAAGAGAUUCGCCGUUAAAUUAAAAAUGAAAAACCAUCCUACAAAAGCAUUGAGCAAAGAAGAUAUCAAUAAUAUGAAAGCUUAUCUUGAUACACGCGAAUUAGGGGAAUAUAUUAACAUAUUUAUGAAACCAGAUUUAGAUAUCUCAAAAUUUUUAAAUUAUGUGAAUAAAGUUGGUUCUUUAAAAUCUGAUAGAGAACUUGAUAAUGAUAUUUGCCAAAUCAACAGUGAGAGAAUCCCAAGGGUUUUAAUUUUUGCUAGUAAACCUGAAUUCUUCAAUUGUUUCCUUAAAUUAUUAAAUUUUUAUUCAAACUCAUUGGAAGAAAGUUCAAGUUAUUGUUCACGACAUGUUUUAAUUGGUAAAGUUAUUCAAAGACAAGACUCAGAUUAUAUGAGCAUUAAAGGAACAAUACCUCAUCGUAAUUGCGUUUAUUUCUUCAGACCGCUCAAGUACAGAUGUGAUAUCAAAUGUAUCAAUGAUGAGCUUUUAAAAAGCUUUUCAAACGUUUUCAAAGGGGUUGACCUUAGAAAUCCCAAAUAUGGUGACCAUAGGUUCUAUUCGAUAUAUGAUAUGGAAUGUGCCAAUGAUAAGGUAAACAUUAAGAACAGUGAUAACUCGAAUGAAAAGGAUAUUUUACCAGAAUAUUCAAGCAUUGAAUGA